AUGAUCACAAUUAUACGCACUGUGGCUGCAUUUUGUUCUGAAGAAAAGGUCCUUGACCUUUAUGCUAAUGAGUUUCUUGAUCCCUCUAAACGCUCAUUUAAACGAGGCCAAAUUGCUGGCAUAUUCUAUGGCGUUUCCCAGUUCUUUAUUUUCCAAUCUUAUGGUCUUGCCUUGUGGUAUGGAUCUACUUUGAUGGAAAAGGAGCUUGCAAGCUUUAAAUCAAUUAUGAAGUCAUUUAUGGUUUUGAUAGUAACAGCUCUGGCUAUGGCGGAGACUUUGGCCCUUGCCCCAGACCUUUUGAAAGGGAACCAAAUGGUUGCAUCAGUUUUCGAAGUGAUGGAUAGAAAGUCAGGAAUAACAGGAGAUGUUGGAGAGGAAUUGAAAACAGUGGAGGGAACAAUUGAGCUCAAAAGAGUCAAUUUCAGCUACCCUUCAAGGCCAGAUGUGAUUAUUUUCAAGGAUUUCAACCUAAGAGUUCCUGCAGGCAAGAGUGUUGCUCUAGUGGGGCAAAGUGGUUCUGGUAAAAGCUCUGUGAUUUCCCUUAUCCUCAGAUUUUGUGAUCCAGUAUCCGGAAGGGUGUUAGUUGAUGGUAACAAAGACAUCACAAAACUUAAUCUGAAAUCUCUUAGGAGACACAUUGGUCUUGUGCAACAAGAGCCAGCUCUUUUUGCCACAUCAAUUUAUGAAAACAUACUCUAUGGAAAAGAAGGUGCCUCUGAUUCAGAAGUGAUUGAAGCAGCUAAGCUUGCCAAUGCUCAUAACUUCAUCAGUGGUCUUCCUAAGGGCUACUCCACCAAAGUAGUUUUUCCCCCACAUUUAUAG